UAAAGUUGUGGAAUAAAUCAUAUCGGAGAAUAAUACAAAUACAGUGUUUAUUUUUUUAUGAUAUGUGAAUGAUUUUUCUUGAUUAAUUUUAAUUGCGAUUUAUUUUCUUUUGUAUUUUUAAUAUUUUUAAUUACAUUUAUAUAUAAACUGCAAUAAAAAACAUAUGAAAAUAUAUUUUACUUUUACGUGAAUAAAAAAUUAGUUUAAAUUAUUAUAAAAAAAAUAAUCGAAAUAAAAUUGUAGUUUGACCAAAAAAGAAAAAACAAAAAUGGUCCGAAUUAAAAAGAACAAUUUUAUUUAUAAUAAAAGUAUCUAUUGUUGUAUAGCACCUGGUUGCCAAAAUAUCGAUGAUGAUACUCAUUCAAAUAUAUUAUUUUAUAUAAUAUCAGAAAAUGGAUUAAAUCAAAAACCUCUAACAGAAUUUCUUGAGAAUAUACCGAUAAGGCCGAAGGUUUCCAGAAUAUGUUCUGAACAUUUUACAGAAGACUGUUUUCAGUUACAUCAGGGUAUAAAAAUGUUAAGACCUAACGCGGUUCCAACAAUAAAAACUAAGAAAAAACUUAAAAGUUGUAUUACCGGACCAGAUAGAACCAUUAAUAAAAGUAAAGAUACCCAAGUGAAAAGUGGAUUUGAGCAAUCAGUUAUUGUUAAAGAUCUUAUAUUAGAAAAUAAGACAUCAGAAAUAUUAUCACAAAAAGUACAAGAUGAUGAAAAACCACAACAAAAAUUACAGCCACAAAAACAAAAACAACCAAUACAGGAAGAAGAAUUUCCAAUAGUUUGUGGCCACUUAACUUUUGAAAGCUGUAAAAAUAAUUUAUCAUUUCUGUGCAAUUUUUGUCAGGCAAAUUUAGAAUAUAUUGGAGCAUUUUCCACGCAUUUAAUGCGAUUACAUUAUGAUGAAAUGAAAAAUAAAACGAGUCAAUUAACAAAAGAAAUCUCUAAAAUAUUAGAUGAAAGGCAAAAAUGCGGUAGUAUUCGAACUUCAUUAAUGUGGCAAAAUUCAUUACAAAAUUGUGAAUUCCGAUUCGAUUGCAAUUUUUGCAAUGAAAAGUUCAAAAAUAUUGAUGAUUAUUCUAGCCAUAUUGGAAAAAGCCAUUUAGAUUUAUUAAAAAAAGACAAAGAAACUGAGUCUGAAUUUGAAGAUGAUAUUGAUAUUGAUCCAUCAUGUAUUUUAUCAUUUGAUCAAAUAAAUGACAUUGAUGAAAUGAAUUCGAAAAACAGCACAUCAACUGCUACGAUCCCAAGUAAUAGUGAUGAAAAUAAUAAUGGUGGCAACAAAAUAAUAAUGUCUGUACCAAUAUCCGAUAAUUCAGAAAUUUUCAUGACAAUAGACAUUAACGAAAAUGAAAAUUUAACAAAUACUAGUAAUAUAAACAACAAUAACCAUAAUCAUAAUAAUAAUAAUAAUAAUAAUGAUAACAAUAAUAAUAAUAAUGACAGUAAUAAUAAUAGCAAUAUUUAUAAUAAGGAAAAUUCUCAACGUGAUGUUACUAUGGCAGAUAAUUUAGAUAAACCAAAAUUAAAAGUUAAUAUUAAGCAUAGUUCUUGGGCAACAAGAUAUUACUAAAUUGAAUUUAGCAAAGAAUGUUCUAACUUUUUAUUAUGGAAAAAAUUUGUUUAAUUUAGAUUAAAGAAUAAAAUAUGUUUAUUUAUGCUUAUUUUAUAUGUAAAUGCUCAAAUUACACAAUAUAUGUGUAGUUUUGCAUUUUUGAAAUUCUGUACCUCUACAAGAAUAUAAAUUUAAGUUUAAAAAAUAUUUAUUUUUGUCAUAUUGACGAUAAAUGAAUGAAUUAAUUAAGUCAUUUAAUUUUUAUUAUUACUAUUUUGUUGAUAUCGUAAGACUCGUGUCAAUUAUUAGACAAUACAUACAUAAGUUGUUUGAAUUAGGUUUAUAGAAAUUAAGAAAGGAAGCGCAAAUUCUGAAUUCACAAAAAAAAAUCUAUUUAACUGAUUUCAUUCGAUCAAAUUUUCAUUAUAAAAGAAUUUUAAUUAAUUAUAUGUACAUAGAUUGAACGAAAAGAAUUAAUCAAUUAUUAUUUGUAUUUUCAAUCCAUUUUUUUCUACGUUAAUUAAUAUUUUUUGUUAUUAUAAAAUAUUUUAAGUAGCUAUCGUAAAUAUUUUUUAAAUAGUUCAAGUACUUACUUAUAUUAUCAUGAAAUUUUUAACAUAACAUUAAAAUGAAAUUGUGAUCAAUUUAAUUAAAUAUAUUGUGAAAAAAUAAUAUUAAUAUGCUUAAAAUAGUAUAUCGUUACUUAAAAUUAGAUUUCCUUGAACUUUUAAGUUUAUCUUUUAUAUUUAAUAAUGAGGAAAAUCAAAAUCUUUAUUGACUAAAGCAAUGCAUGCACAAUGCAAUCCAAUUUGGAACAUUUUAAACUCAUAAAAACGAAAGAGUAAUCAUUUUAAUACAGGAAUUAGUUUACGCAAAAUAAUUGCCGGCUAAUAAAAUAAAUACCAUUAUUGUUUAAAGGAUUGAAUAUUAAAUUUUAUGUAACGAUAUUAAAAUUUAUAAAAUAAUUAAAUAAAAAAGUAAAAAUUUUUUACAUGAUUUUACUUAUAAAUACCAAACUUAAAAUAAUUAUCUCUUAAGCAAUCUCUAAGAUUUUAUCAUUCAAGAAAACAAAUGCAAUUAACACUUUAUCAAUUUAAAACUAAUUAAUUAAUAAAAAAGAAAAUAUUAACGUCAAAUUAAAAGUUUUUGCAUAAUAAUUGUAAAAACGCUAUUUUAAGAAUGAAA